CGAUUUAGUUCGUUUUUCUGUAUACAGAUACAGGCUUUGAUUGGAAAAGAGGAUUCAACAUUUCAAUUUUCAACUCUCUCGCUUGCAAAAUCUCUGUGCAGAGGGGCUCAGUUUGUGUCAUGUGCAUAGAGCAAUCGCAUUGUUUGGAUCAAACUUCACGGCGUAGAUGGAACUAGAACCCAGUAAUCAACCCAAGCAAGAGCGUUCGAGGACAAGAUGGACAGCAUCCCUUGACAAGAUAUUUGCAGACUUGGUUGUCAAGCAGAUUCAAUUGGGAAACAGACCAAACAACAUUUUUGACAAGAAAACAUGGAACCACAUUCGCGAUGAGUUUAAUAGGGAAACAGACCUUAAUUUCAAUAACAAUCAAUUGAGGAAACAUCUAGAUGUUCUUCGGACACGCUUCUAUAAUUUGAAAUCUGCUUAUGAUCAAAAUAAUGACUUUGUAAUGGAUGAUUCCUGUUGCAUUGGCUUUGAACAGUGGGAAGACAUAGGGGCACAACCUAGGAAUGAAACAGUUAAAGUUAAAGAUUGCCCAAUAUAUGAGCAGCUCUGCACAAUAUUCAUAGAUUCAGCUGCUGAUGGGAAAUAUGCCCAAUCUAGUCAUUAUGAAGAGUUAGACAAAUCUAUUGGAAUAGAUGCUGCUGGCUUAACUUCAUGUCCAGAAGCUAGGGUCUCACAUUACGAAAAUCCAUCAUCAUCAAAGUCCAUUCCAGGGAAUAUCUCUACUUCUGAGAAGGUGACCAAGAAUUCUCAAGAUAGGAAAAGGAAACGUCCUUAUGAGACUCAUUCUACUAGUCUCGAUCUAGAUAACUGCAAUGCUAUGGCAGAAGCCUUGUUAGAGAUGGUUGCUGUUUCAAGGUUAAGGGCAGUUAUUUCAAGUGUAAGUGAUGAUAAAUUUUCCAUAACAAACUGCAUUAGGGCUCUGGAUGAGAUACAAGGCAUUGAUCAACAGCUCUACUUUUCUGCACUGGACCUCUUUGAGGACCCUAGUUUAAGGGAAACAUUCAUUUCUUUAAAAAGUGUCAAGAUACGACUGACAUGGUUACAAGGAAAAUGCAGUAAAAGUCCAUUACCUUAGAAUAGAUUUAAAGCCAUUUUGAAGUAAUUACUUAGGCAUAAAAACUUGUUUAUACUAUACCCUCCUUUUUUGCUGUAUGUGAUGCUGUUUUAGCUCUUGCAACCUGCGGCAGUUGUUUAUAAUUGCUAUUUAAUCUGGACAUGAUUUCCAUAGUAGUUUCUGCAGAUAUGAUUUUUACUAACCAUUCAAUUCAUA